GCUCGGCCGGGGGCGGGGCCGACCCGGAGGUAGUGCGGUAGCGCGCGGCUUUCUGGGGCCGGAAGUGCGGCGCACGCGGCGGGCUCGGCGUCAUGGCGGAGGCGAGGGGCCGCAGGAGGCGCCUGGCGGAGCUGACGGUGGACGAAUUCCUGGCCUCAGGCUUCGACUCCGAGUCCGAGUCGGAGUCCGAGGGCGCCCCGGAGGCGGCGACGCGGGAGCGGGAGGCACGCGGACGUGGAGCUGCGCGGCGUGUGGAGCCCGGCAGGGGCCCCGCGGCCCGUGGGCAUAAAGGCAGUGCCUCUGAGCACAAGGACCAGCUCUCUCGUCUGAAGGAAAAAGAUCCAGAAUUCUACAAGUUCCUGCAAGACAAUGACCAGAGCCUGCUAAACUUUAGUGACUCAGACAGCUCUGAGGAGGAAGAGGAGCAGUUUCACUCCUUGCCAGGUGCACUGGAGGAAGCAAGCGAAGAAGAAGAUGGAGGAGAGGAUGGGGACAGAGUCCCUGCAGGACCUCAGCGGAAGAAGAAUGAGUCUGUUCCUGUGACCCUUGCCAUGGUGGAGAAAUGGAAGCAGUCUGCAAAGCACCUCACUCCCAAGCUGUUCCAUGAAGUGGUACAGGCCUUCAGAGCAGCUGUUGCUACCACCCAAGGAGACCAGGAAGGUGUUGAGGCCUGCAGGUUUCAGGUUACAGACAGCACUGUGUUCAAUGCUCUGGUCACCUUCUGCAUCAGAGAUCUCUUUGGAUACCUACAUAAGCUGCUGUUUGGAAAGGCCCCAAAGGAUACCAGCAGGAUGCUGCAGCCGUCCAGCAGUGCGCUCUGGGGGAGACUCCGCGUGGACAUCAAGGCAUACCUAAGUGCAGUCAUGCAGCUGGUGACCUCUCUGGCAGAAGCUACCGUGUCAGCGGCUGUCCUGCAGCACAUCAGCAGCCUUGUGCCUUACUACCUAACCUUCCCUAAGCAGUGUCGCAUGUUGCUCAAGAGAAUGGUGGUUCUAUGGAGCACGGGUGAGGAGUCUUUGCGGGUGCUGGCUUUCCUGGUCCUCAUUAGAGUCUGCCGGCACAAGAAGGACAUCUUCCUGAGCCCUGUCCUGAAGCAAAUGUAUAUCACAUAUGUGAGGAACUGCAAGUUCACCUCUCCAGGCACUCUGCCCCUCAUCAACUUCAUGCAACGGACAUUGACUGAGCUGCUUGCCCUGGAUCCCAGCAUCUCCUACCAGCACGCCUUCCUCUAUAUCCGCCAGCUCGCCAUCCACCUGCGCAGUGCCAUGACUAUGGGCAAAAAGGACACGUACCAGUCAGUGUACAACUGGCAGUAUGUCCACUGCCUCUACUUGUGGUGCCGCGUCUUGAGUACCCUUGGCUCCAGCGAAGCCCUCCAGCCUCUGCUCUAUCCCCUCUCGCAGGUGGUCAUUGGCUGCAUCAAGCUGGUCCCCACUGCCCGCUUCUACCCCCUGCGCAUGCACUGUGUGCGUGCCUUAACACUGCUGUCAGAGAGCACCGGCACCUUCAUCCCAGUGCUGCCUUUUAUCCUUGAGGUUUUCCAGCAGGUGGACUUCAACAAACGACCCGGCCGCAUGAGCUCCAGGCCCAUCAACUUCUCUGUAGUCCUGAAACUUUCGAAUGUCAACUUGCAGGAAAAAGCAUACCGGGAUGGCCUAGUGGAGCAGCUGUAUGACCUCAUGCUGGAGUACCUGCAGGGCCAGGCCCACAGUAUUGCCUUCCCUGAAUUGGCACUGCCUGCUGUCUUACAGCUCAAGUCCUUCCUCCGGGAGUGCAAGGUGGCCAACUACUGCCGGCAGAUGCGCCAGUUGUUGGAAAAGGUGCAGGAGAAUGCAGAGCACAUCCGCAGUCACCGCCAGAGGGUCUCUUUUGGUGUCUCUGACCAGCUUGCAGUGGAUGCUUGGGAGAAGCAGGCCCGAGAAGAGGGGACCCCACUCACCAGGUACUAUAGCCACUGGCGGAAGCUGAGGGACCGCGAGAUACAGCUGGAGAUCAGUGGCAAAGAGCGGCUAGAAGAUCUGAACUUCCCAGAGAUCAAACGGCGGAAGAUAGAGGACAGGAAGGAUGAGGACAGGAAGGAAUUUAAAGACCUCUUUGACCUGGACAGUACUGAG